AUGAUUGGUCAGGUUCUCAUGGAGGAAGGACUCACGGCGGAGGGAUCCACAAGCCAGCGCCGGGGCAGGAGACGCCCGUCAACGCCUCACAAAAACCCGCUCCUCUCCCCCACCUCAGACCACCACAGCCCACCACAGACCACCACAGCCCACCACAGACCACCACAGCCCGCCACAGCCCACCACAGAUCACCACAGACCACCACAAACUACCACAGCAGACCACAGCCCACCACAGACCACCACAGACCACCACACUCCACCACAGACCACCACAGCCCACCACAGACCACCACAGCCCACCACAGACCACCACAGCCCGCCACAGCCCACCACAGAUCACCACAGACCACCACAAACUACCACAGCAGACCACAGCCCACCACAGACCACCACAGACCACCACAGACCACUACAAGCUACCACAGCAGACAACAGCCCACCACAGACCACCACAGACAACCACAGACCACUACAAGCUACCACAGCAGACAACAGCCCACCACAGACCACCACAGCCAACCACAGACCACCACAGCCAACCACAGCCCACCACAGACCACCACAGCCAACCACAGACCACCACGAACCACCACCGCCCACACCACAUCACUUCAUCCACCUGCCUUCUCUAUGCACCUGACGAAGGGCCUAAUUUGCAACACCUGA